AUGGACAGCGUCAGCUUCGAUAUUAACGAUGCGCUCAAGCAUUACAUGAGCGACCCGGCUGGCAUUCCGACGCCCGAGGCAGAUGGAGCGCUGGUCGACUGCGAGAACGACCCGGAGUCGCUCACCGACAAUGCCGUGAUCAACGCCGUCCUCAACCCCAUCGUCGACGCCGUGGCCGAGAAUCCGGAUGCCAUCACGCGCAGCAGCAUCUUUGACUCGUUGCAGUUCCUUUUAAAGUGUGCACCCAUCUCCUCUGAUCCCCUCAUGCCCUGCGAGAGGGACACGUCGCUGCCGGCAGCGGGCACACCCACCCCUGCCCGGCGCGCGCGUCCCUUGGGCUCUGGCGCCACAAACCGUCGUUUAAACGAUCCUGAUUCUGAGCUGUUCAAACAAUCCAGGUACACCUCCUUUCUCUCGGCGCACGCUUUGAGCAAGAUAUUUGACUUGAUCACCUCCGGUCUGGCCACCGAGGCCGACGUCAUAAACCAUGACCUUGAGUCGGACGAACAGGAGCUCAUCGCCCACCACAAACAGUUGCUUGAGAUGUACGGCUUCCUGCUGCAGUGGACCAUCGCAGCCGUCGAGAUCAAGGCAGCCGAGAAAUCGUCCACCACCGUGCCCGCGCGGGGCCGCGGUAAGCCCAAGAGCAAGAGGGAUGUCGGCAAGGACGGCACCUGGGAUUCGUCGACCCAACUCGAGACGGCGCUAAAUACAAUGUGCAAGGUGCUGCGGUUGAAGCUGGGCAAGAUUUUCUUGACGACAUCCGAACGCGACACUUUCAUGUCGCUGCUGACCCGGCCCGUCUACAUGAUUCUCGAGAGCGAACAACGCGUCAAGAGCACGAGCAUCCGGAUGCACGCCUUCAAGGUGCUCUGCAUCGCAGUCAAGCACCACGGCCACGGAUACGCGGACGAGAUCCUGCGAGAACUCAGCAACAAGGAGUUCAACACCAACGACACCAAGGGGCCAAAGUCGGUUUCAACCUUUAUGAUUAGACUGUCUGAACUGGCUCCUAGGUUGGUCAUUAAGCAGGUUACUUUGAUGGCGAAGCAGCUGGACAGCGAGUCGUACACCCUCCGUUGCGCCCUUGUCGAGGUCUUCGGCAACAUGCUUGCCCACCUUAGCAAGUCAGAUGAGCGCAGCGAGAACCACAAAAUGCAGAUGAACGCCUUCUUCGAUGUGCUGGAAGAGCGGUUCCUCGACAUUAACCCAUACUGUCGGUGCAGGACGAUCCAAGUCUACGUGAAGCUUUGCGGGCUCGACCAGAAAUUUCCGAAGCGGAGGCAAAAGGCAGCCGAAUUGGCGUGCCGGAGCCUCGAGGACAAGAGUAGCCAUGUAAGGAGGAACGCCAUCAAGUUGCUCGGCACCCUGAUUCGGACACAUCCUUUCACCGCCCUCCACGGCGCCCAGCUUGCGAGGAAAGACUGGCAGGAGCGUUUAGACAAGGUCGAUGCGGAACUCAACGCCCUGAAGCCACCAGUUGACGCGCCGGGCCUGGAGCAGGGGAACACUACCGUGGACCCGGCUCUACUUGAUGACGCCACUCAGAUCGAGUCCCCAAGGAAGCAGCUGGCCGAGAUGACCGAUGAAGAGAAAAUUGCAGCGGUCCAGAAGGCGCAGGAGGAGGCAGCCACUUCCGAGGCGAUCGAGAAGCUGACCCUCACAAAGCGAUACUACAACGAAGCGCUCAAAUUUAUCGACGUGUUGCACGAUGCGACCGGCACCGUGUGCCAACUCCUUGGAUCCCGGAACAAGAGCGAAGUCAUUGAGGCGAUGGACUACUUCGAGAUCGGUGACGCAUACAACAUUGAGCAGAACAAGGUCGGCAUCCGUCGCAUGCUCAGGCUCAUCUGGACCAAGGGCAAUAGCGAUGAGGGCAAGGGUGUCCAGGCCCAUCUGAUCGACUGCUACAAACGGCUCUUCUUUGAAGCCCCCGACAGUUUUAGCGCGAACGACGCCGCCAACUACAUUGCGCGGAACAUGAUCAGUUUGACCUUUGGCGCCACCCCUGCUGAACUCACCUCGCUCGAACAACUGGUGAGCACGAUGAUGAAGCAAGGCAUGAUUCCGGACCUCGUCAUUGCGAAAUUGUGGCAGGUUUAUGGUGUGCAGAAGCGGGAGAUUUCCAGGAAGCAGAGACGGGGCGCCAUCAUUGUGCUCGGCAUGCUAGCUACCGCCAGCCCGGAGAUUGUGGUCGGCGAGAUGGAGACGAUGCUGCGCACCGGUCUCGGAGCCCAUGGCCGUGACGACCUACAACUCGCCAAGUUUACGUGCGUUGCUCUCCGACGGAUCAACCCCACCGGUCGUCAGGCCAAAGAGUCAGCGGCCAAGUUCUCCCGGUUACAAAACGAUCAUGCUGUGUUAGUUAGGUUGGCCGCCAUCACCGAGGUGCCCACGGAGAGCAAGGACUGGUAUGGUGUUGCCGAGCAGGCCAUCAACGCCAUCUACACCCUAUCGAGACAUCCGGACGUUUUGUGUUCCGAGAUCAUCCGUCGCAAGACGAGGACAGUCUUCGGUCGCCCAUAUUCGCGUCCAAGCUCACAACCUAGCUCUCGUCCCGCGUCCCGCGAUGAGGCACAGGCGGCACCAAGUCCUGCUUCCUCGGCCGAUAGUGCUGGAAGCGAUCCCACUGUCAUUGCUUCGCAGCAAGCACCCGUUAGCCCGACAAAGAAGCAAAACAAGGACAACACCGUUGGCCUAUCCCAGCUCCUCUUUAUCGUGGGCCAUGUCGCCGUCAAGCAGAUCGUGCACCUCGAGCUCUGCGAACUCGACUUCAAACGCCGCAAGCAGGAGAAGGAAAAGACAGCUGCCGCUGCGAACCGCUCCUCACUCGGUGCCAGUACCUCCAGCCGCCGCUCCGCCUCAGCCAAAGACAAGUCCAAAGUCGAAGACGAGGGUGACGAGCUCGACCUGAUCGGCGGCACGACCGAGGACGACUUCACUGAGGCCAUGGCACACAUCCGCGAGCGCGAGCUCCUGUACGGGCCCACCUCGCUGCUCGCCCACUUCGGCCCCCUGGUCAGCGAGAUCUGCGCCAACAACACCACCUACCGCGACCGCAACCUGCAGCAGGCCGCCACGCUGUGCCUCGCCAAGCUGAUGUGCGUCUCGUCCGAGUACUGCGAGGUCAACCUCCCGCUGCUCAUCACCAUCAUGGAGCGGUCGACCGACGCCACGGUGCGCAGCAACGCCGUCAUCGCCCUGGGCGACAUGGCCGUGUGCUUCAACCACCUCAUCGACGAGAACACCGACUUCCUGUACCGCCGCCUGGCCGACCCGGAGCCCAUGGUCAAGCGCACCUGCCUGAUGACGCUGACUUUCCUGAUCCUGGCCGGGCAGGUCAAGGUCAAGGGCCAGCUGGGCGAGAUGGCCAAGUGCCUCGAGGACGAGGACAAGCGGAUUGCCGACCUCGCCCGCAUGUUCUUUACCGAGCUGAGCACCAAGGACAAUGCCGUGUAUAACCACUUUGUGGAUAUGUUCAGUCUGUUGUCGGCGGAUAAGCGGAUUGAGGAGGAGAGCUUCAGGCGCAUUGUGCGCUUCCUGCUUGGGUUUGUGGAGAAGGACAAGCAUGCUAAGCAGCUGGCGGAUAAGCUUGCCGCGAGGCUGCCGCGUUGCGACAACGAGCGGCAGUGGAACGAUGUUGCGUUUGCGCUGGGCUUGUUGCAGCACAAGAACGAGGAUAUUACCAAGCUGGUGUCGGAGGGGUUCAAGAUCGUCCAGGCGGCCGCGUAG